AUGAUGGCGGCGGCCGUGGCGGCGGGGGGGGCCCCCGAGGUGAUCGCCCAGCUGGAGAACGCGGCCAAAGUGCUGAUGGCACCACCUUCCAUGGUCAACAAUGAACAACGCCAACAUGCUGAGCACAUAUUUUUAUCAUUUAGAAAAUCAAAAUCACCAUUUGCUGUUUGCAAACACAUUUUGGAAACUAGUAAAGUGGACUAUGUCCUUUUUCAAGCUGCUACAGCGAUAAUGGAAGCAGUUGUAAGAGAAUGGAUUCUCUUGGAAAAAACUAGCAUCGAGUCACUGCGAACAUUCCUUCUAACCUAUGUCUUACAAAGGCCUAACCUUCAAAAGUAUGUUCGGGAGCAGAUUCUAUUAGCAGUAGCGGUGAUAGUGAAACGGGGAUCAUUAGACAAAUCAAUUGACUGCAAAAGCAUUUUUCAUGAAGUCAGCCAGUUGAUCAGCAGCGGUAACCCCACUGUGCAAACUUUGGCCUGUUCCAUUUUAACGGCGUUGUUGAGUGAGUUCUCAAGUUCAAGUAAAACCAGCAACAUUGGACUAAGCAUGGAGUUCCAUGGUAACUGUAAACGUAUAUUUCAGGAGGACGAUCUGCGGCAGAUCUUCAUGCUCACAGUAGAGGUACUUCAGGAAUUCAGCAGACGUGAAAACCUCAAUGCUCAGAUGUCUUCAGUGUUUCAGCGUUAUCUUGCACUAGCCAAUCAGGUCUUAAGCUGGAACUUCCUUCCUCCAAAUUUGGGCAGACAUUAUAUAGCUAUGUUUGAAUCCUCACAAAAUGUGAUGCUAAAGCCAACAGAAUCCUGGCGUGAGACCCUCCUGGACAGCAGAGUUAUGGAGCUUUUCUUUACAGUACAUCGAAAAAUCAGAGAAGAUACAGAUAUGGCCCAAGAUUCAUUACAGUGUCUGGCACAGCUGGCAUCUUUGCACGGGCCAGUCUUUCCUGAUGAAGGUUCACAAGUUGAUUACCUGGCACACUUCAUUGAGGGAUUACUGAAUACUAUCAAUGGAAUUGAAAUAGAAGACUCUGAAGCAGUGGGAAUUUCCAGUAUUAUCAGCAACCUGAUAACCGUGUUUCCUCGCAAUAUUUUAACUGCCAUUCCAAAUGAACUUUUCUCUUCAUUUGUUAACUGCCUUGCACACCUCACUUGUUCUUUUGGAAGAAGUGCUGCCUUGGAAGAAGUGCUUGACAAAGAUGACAUGGUAUAUAUGGAAGCGUAUGAUAAGUUGCUGGAAUCUUGGCUUACUUUGGUACAAGAUGACAAACAUUUCCAUAAAGGUUUCUUUACCCAACAUGCUGUUCAGGUCUUUAAUUCCUACAUUCAGUGCCAUCUAGCUGCUCCUGAUGGUACAAGGAAUUUGACUGCUAACGGUGUGGCCUCUCGGGAAGAAGAAGAAAUAAGUGAACUGCAGGAAGAUGACAGAGACCAGUUCUGUGACCAGUUGGCGAGCGUAGGCAUGCUGGGGAGAAUUGCUGCAGAACACUGUAUACCUCUUCUUACAAGUUUAUUAGAAGACCGAGUGACAAGGCUCCACGGUCAGUUGCAAAGACAUCAGCAGCAGUUACUUGCCUCACCAGCAUCAGGCUCAAUUGACAAUAAAGUGCUUGAUGACCUGUAUGAGGAUAUUCAUUGGCUUAUUUUAGUCACAGGCUACCUCUUGGCUAAUGAUACUCAGGGAGAGACGCCACUAAUACCUCCAGAAGUAAUGGAAUAUUCCAUUAAACAUUCAGCUGAGGUUGACAUCAAUACCACACUUCAGAUUCUGGGAUCUCCAGGAGAAAAGGCCUCUUCCAUCCCAGGGUAUAACAGAACUGAUUCUGUAAUUAGGUUGUUAUCUGCUAUUUUAAGAGUGUCAGAAGUAGAAUCUAGAGCAAUAAGAGCCAAUCUCACGCACCUCCUGAGCCCCCAGAUGGGCAAAGAUAUUGUAUGGUUUCUCAAGCGUUGGGCAAAGACUUACCUCCUAGUAGAUGAAAAGCUGUAUGAGCAGAUAAGUCUGCCAUUUAGUACAGCAUUUGGUGCUGAUACAGAGGGUUCCCAGUGGAUUGUGGGUUACCUUUUAGAAAAAGUGAUCAGUAACCUGGCAGUGUGGAGUUCAGAGCAGGACCUUGCAAAUGAUACUGUACAACUGCUAGUAACAUUAGUGGAAAGGAGAGAGCGGGCAAACUUAGUUAUUCAGUGUGAAAACUGGUGGAAUUUAGCUAAACAAUUUGCAAGGCGAAGCCCUCCUCUUCACUAUUUGUCCAGUUCUGUGCAGAGAACACUAAUGAAAGCUUUAGUUUUAGGAGGUUUUGCUCACAUGGAUACAGAAACAAAGCAACAAUACUGGACAGAGGUUCUUCAGCCACUUCAGCAGCGAUUCUUGAAUGUGAUAAACCAAGAAAACUUUCAGCAGAUCUGUCAGGAGGAGGAAGUGAAACAGGAAAUCACUGCUACAUUAGAAGCACUCUGUGGCAUUGCUGAGGCUACCCAGAUUGAUAACGUAGCAAUUCUCUUCAAUUUCCUAAUGGACUUCCUUAAUAAUUGCAUUGGAUUAAUGGAAGUAUACAAGAACACACCAGAGACUGUUAAUCUCAUAAUAGAAGUCUUUGUUGAAGUUGCACAUAAACAAAUUUGCUAUCUUGGAGAGGCCAAAGCCAUGAACUUGUAUGAGGCCUGCCUAACUCUGCUCCAGGUGUAUUCCAAGAAUAAUCUAGGUCGACAACGGAUAGAUGUUACAGCAGAAGAAGACCAGUACCAGGAUCUCCUUCUUAUUAUGGAGCUUCUCACUAAUCUUCUAUCAAAAGAAUUCAUAGAUUUCAGUGAUACAGAUGAAGUAUUUAGAGGACAUGAGCCUGGGCAAGCUACAAAUAGAUCUGUAUCAGCAGCAGAUGUUGUCUUAUAUGGGGUUAAUCUAGUUCUGCCUCUAAUGUCUCAGGACCUGCUGAAGUUUCCAUCCCUGUGUAAUCAAUAUUACAAACUAAUCACUUUCAUCUGUGAGAUAUUCCCUGAGAAAAUUCCACAACUUCCAGAGGACCUCUUUAAGAGCCUAAUGUACUCACUGGAGUUAGGGAUGUCAUCAAUGAGUUCAGAGGUUUGCCAGCUUUGUCUGGAGGCUGUAACACCAUUAGCAGAACAGUGUGCAAAAGCACAAGAAACAGAUUCAACCCUUUUUCUAGCAACAAGGCACUUUCUUAAGAUGGUCUUUGAUAUGCUGGUACUUCAGAAGCACAAUACAGAAAUGACAACUGCAGCAGGUGAAGCAUUCUACACAUUAGUGUGUUUGCAUCAGGCUGAAUAUUCAGAGCUAGUUGAAACAUUGCUAUCAACUCAGCAAGAUCCAGUUAUUUACCAGCGGUUAGCAGAUGCCUUCAACAAGCUUACUGCAAGCAGCACUCCUCCUACACUGGACCGUAAGCAGAAGAUGGCCUUCUUAAAGAGUUUAGAAGAAUUUAUGGCAAAUGUUGGUGGACUUCUCUGUGUAAAAUAAACAACAAAACUCUAUGCCUAAUUUAGACCCUUUCUGCAAAAUGCACUGAGAAAUGCUGAAUGCUGACUAAAUCUUGUACCUGUCUCUGGGUUCUUUGCAGCCAUCUCAGAUUCUAGAGAGCCUGGA